UGGAUUAUCCUUUUCACGUGACUAGGGUCGCAAAACAUGAAAAAACCGAUUUAACCAGCCAUGUCUAAGAUUUCCUAACGAUUAUCCUCUCACUAGCUCGCAGGCCAAUUGACAUGGAUAUCUUUGAAAUUAACAAAAUAUAUAUAUAUAAACUCCAAAACACAUCAUAAAAGUGCAAGAGUGCUGAUAGUGACCCCUCUUAACCCUAAGUUUAACCCAACCCUUAACUGCAACCUCAACCUCUAAUUUAAUUUAACUAAUCCCUCACUUGUCGGCCCCGUCAUGAGAUUAUUUCAUAAUAAUAAAUCUAUUGACAGAUAAUUGACUUGUAAUUCUUCGACGAUAUUUGGGUUGGUGGAAAGACCCUAACAUUUGUCGCGCUUCCAAGCAAAAGUCCAAACCCCUGCUAUAUUCAUUCAUUACAACAAACAAAGCGAAUUUAAUCUUUUUCAUCGCUCUGAACAACGCACAUUGCUUUACUCACGCAGAAAUAUCAAGGCAAUUUUCUUUUUCGGUCGGCGAAGGAUCGAACCCGCAACAGGACAUUCUGAAGGCAUUUUGAACCAGGUAGUAGUGGCGGUCUGGCUUUUGGAGGAUCUGUGGGUAGCCUGUGAGCAUUUGUCUGAUGGCAGAAGCAGCCUGUGUAAAACGUCUGCAGAAGGAAUUUCGAGCUCUUUGUAAGGAACCGGUUCCCAAUGUUGUAGCCCGCCCUUCUUCCACUGACAUUUUAGAAUGGCAUUAUGUAUUGGAAGGAAGUGAGGGCACACCGUUUGCAGGAGGAGUAUACUAUGGCAAACUUAAAUUUCCACCUGAGUACCCAUAUAAGCCUCCAGGCAUCAGCAUGAUUACACCAAGUGGGCGCUUUGCAACUCAAAAGAGGAUAUGCAUGUCUAUGAGUGAUUUUCAUCCAGAAACAUGGAAUCCCAUGUGGUCUGUCUCAAGCAUUCUAACAGGACUUCUUUCCUUCAUGAUGGACAACAGCCCAACAACUGGCAGUGUCUCAUCGACGGUGGAAGAAAAGAAAAGACUAGCAAAGUCUUCUCUUGCGUUCAACUGUAAGAAUGCUACAUUCCGUAAGAUCUUUCCAGAGUAUGUGGAGAAGUACACAGAACAACUAAACGCAGAGAAAAUGGAAGCUGAACUGGCAUCAAAGAAAGAGGAUGCAAGAUCUUCCAUUACUGUUCAGGAGCGAUCUCAAGCAAUUCAACCAAAUAGAAAAGAGACAGAAAUUAAAGGGCCAAAGCAGAGAGGAUUGAGGAAGUUUCCAAUGUGGCUUUUAGUACUUCUGAUGGCAGUUUUUGGUAGUGUAAUGGCAUUGCCAUUGCUCAGUCUGGACCUUGCUAACAUAUAAUAGUCUCUGUUGUCUGUUAUAACCUCCAAUGGAAUUUCAGAGAUAAUGUUACUGUGACGGAUGUCUCAAUCUGCUUUUGUAAUCUUAGAAACUGUACAGAAAUCUUUGGAACAUGUGAUUGGCUUUGUUUUAGAUGAUUAUUAUGUGGUCUUAUAACCUCUAAUGGAAUGGCAGGGAGAUAAUUUUUCCUGACAGAUAUCUUUGAGCCUGCAUUUGUAAUUCUAGAAACUGUACAAAAAUCAUAGCAACAUGUGAAAGCUUUUGGCGUUGGUUCGGUUGAUUA